CCGGGACCAGUAAACUUGCCGACUCGGAAACCACAUGCAGCGCGUUCCUCGCUCGAUCGUCCGCCAGUUUAGCACCAGCGAGCCCGCGUACUCGUUUGUCAAGGCGCGCCGCGCGUACUUGGCGGAGGUUGCGGACCUGCGCAAGCUGUACUUGCAGCAGGAAAACGCCCGUCGAGAAAAGUUGGCCCGCGAUCAAGCCACCGAGCGUGAACGUGUGUUGAAGGCCAAGGCGGCGCGCUUGGAAAUGAAGCGCCAGUUGCAAGCCAUCCGUGCCAAGGAAGUCGAAGCCGAGAAGGCCGAACACGCCGAGUUCGUCGCGAAGCGCUUCCAGGAAAGGAAGAUCGUGCGCGAGCAACACGAAGCCGCCGUGGAAGCGAAGCGAGAGGCGGUGUUGGGCCAAUUGACAGAGCAGAGCAAGAAUUGGAUCCUUCCCGACACCAUCGACGACCAGUUAACGGAAGCGGCGUUCGCGACCCAGCUCAAGGAAGCCACGAAAAGCAAAGUUGGCAACUUGGGUGCGCUCUCGUGGCUCGAACGGCUGAAGACGAUGAAGCCUGUCGACUACGAAGACGUCGACGACGAUGGAAAGAAGUAGUAACAAUCGCAAUGCUAUCCUGUCUAGACUC